AUGGAGGGAGUAAUUCUGCAACUUUCCAAGCAGGGGAAAGUUAAAGAAAUCAUAGACCUACUGGAUCAACAAGACGAAAGAAAGGUUGUUGAGUGUGUUACUGGUUAUAUAAUGAAAGGAAAACAUGAUCCUUUACCCCUGAUCAAGGAAGUUUUGGCUGCUUCAUUACAAGACAAUGAAACAAGUACUCAACGCUGCUAUGGUGUCAUCACUGGAAUUAUCAAACUGUUGCAGAAGAAUGAGAUUAACUCCAAGUCUGCCUUCGAUAUUGUCAGUUUGCUUCUUACUGAGAUUGAUGCAGUGCAACCUUCCUGUUUGGCAAAGCUGGCUCAGUUUUAUGUUGAUUCUGUGAAAUCUGGAACUUUCUCUGGAGGAAAAGCUUCUGAGUUACUGCCUAAAAUUCUGUCACUAAUUAACGUCCAAGAGAAAAUUCCUAAAGAUGAAGGUGACAUCAAAGGGUCAGAGCUCAAAGGUCAUAUCAUUAAUAGUUUAUGUUCUAGCAGGUGGACAUCUGCUGUAACUAUUCAGAUGGCACCUGUAUUUCAAGAAAUUGACAUAUCCCUAGAGGAGCUGAGAUUUGUCAUAGAGAAAAUUGUCCGCAUGUUUUCGGAAAUUGACCUCCCGGAUCAGCCUGCACUGGUGUUUCAGCUUUUACGUCUCUCAGCCAAGGGUCACAAACGAUUGGUCCUUGAGAGCAUCUGCAAAUUUUAUACAGCUAAAGAUGAUGCAAACAGAGGAAAUGCUGUUAUGAUAGACAGCGCUGAUCUGAUGUCAGAUGCCACAUGUCUGACAACACUGCGGCAAAUUGAAGGCACAGUCAUCUUACACAUUACACAAGCAGUGAAACAAGACCAGGAACUGGGGAAGGAGCUCAUUAAAUAUCUCAAGAUACAACAGCAAGCAAGUUCUUCCAAGGUGGUAUCACCUUUCAACUUGUCACUUCUGCUGUCUGUUUCACAGUUGCACCAUUUUGAAGAGCAGAUCUUGGAGUUUCUGAAGAGUUCAGUUGUGAAGAGCUUUAAGGAUGAAGAAAGACAGAAGCAAUCUUUGUGGGUCAGAGAAUGUUACCCGUGCGGUGUCAAAACAGAAAAUUUGGUGCUAGAGGCAGUUGAACAUAGCACCUUUGACUGGGAUCAUGUUGUGCAAGGCCUGGUCAAGCUCGGCUUUGGACUCAUGGAUAGUUUUGGACCCAAACUUGUUUUUGGAGCAUUGCCCGAAACCACACCAGCCAGUGGUCAUCUGACUCCAGCGCAGUCAGCGUGCCAAUUAGGACGAAGAAUACUUCUGAAAACAUUUAAAGCCCAUGAACCUGUAAGAAACAUAAUACUGGAGCAGAUUUUCAAUAACAUUGUCAUGAAGUCAACACUUCCUGUGGGACAUUAUCUUGAUCUGCUGUCAGACACAGUGUUCUCUGCGCCCCAACUGCUGUUGGAAUCCAGUGGCAAGAUCCAGGAGAUCUUUGUCAAGUUGGCUCAACUGCCUCCAAAGUCUGCUGAAAGUUUGCUUACUGUCAUACAACCUCUUCUGAAGUUGAGCCCUCGCCUGAAGGAUACUCUGAUUUUAGUUCUGAGGAAAGCCAUGUUUUCCAGACAGUUGGACUCCAGAAGGAUUGGGGCCCUUGGGUUUCUCAUGGUGCUGAAAAGUUUUCGUGUCGUUGGUGGAUUGCCUUCAAGUCAAGUCAGUCAGCCGAUAGCUCUAAGUCAGCUUCAGGUGGAUGUCCAUACCGGCUAUAAUGCAGCCAGUAAUGAAGCUUUAUGCCUAGAAAUCUUGGGUAAUCUGCGAAGGUGUUUCACCCAACAAGCAGACAUCAGGCUCAGCAUUUACCAGGGGCUGUAUGACGUCUUGCACAGAAACUCACAGCUGAUGAACCCAGUUUUGGACAUGCUUUUGUCACAGUUAAAGAAAUACUAUGAACCAGAUGAAGAGAUCUGCCCUCCUCUUCGCAUGGAGUCUUGUAUUAUAACACAAGGGGAUCAGGUCUUCUUAUCGGAGCCACUGGCCCAUCUCAUCGGAUGUGCACAACAGUGUGUCAGAAAGUCUGUGGAGAUUGUGUCCAGAAUGCAGCGAGAUGAUGAGGAUGAUGAUGCUGAAGAAGAGGGAGAUGGAGAGAAAUUCUCACAGAAACAAAUUCAAGCUUUAUUGUCAAGCCUCACUAAGAGAAUAAUUGAUGCAGAAAUGGAAGAUUUUGAGCUGGAUAAGAGUGCAGACUUUUCGUGCAAUAACAGUGUAGGAGUGAAGAACAAUAUCUAUGCCAUUCUGCUGCUUGGUCUGUAUGAUGUUCUCAUGGAGUACAACUUUGAAUCGGGACAAUGCAGUGCUGAAAGCUGUUCAUUGGUAAUUCAGCUCUUCACCAAAUACCUCAAGCUCAGCAACAUUCUCAAGGAGAAGUCCUCACCAGCAGCUGGCAAGAAAGGCAAAACUUCUCAUUUCAAGACUCCAAUAAGUCUUCUGUCCUUACAGUGUGUUCUCAACUUUCUGCAGAGUAUCAUCGACCACCAAGAUGCAAGUGAUGAAGCAGGCAUUAAGCAGCUGCAAGAACACAAGGAGUUCUUCCUUCACCUUAUGUCUGUAGCCAUCCAGAAGCUCACUCAAGUCUCUCAGAAAGGAACCCUUGAUGGAGAGAUUCCCAGUAAAGAGAAAUUACUGCAGAAAUGCUGGAGUUUAGGCAGGUUGUUCUACUGGUACUUUGUGGAAAGCAAAGAAAGUCACACUGCUACAGAUCAGCACAGCAAAAAAUUAACUGUUCUGUGUCUGGAGGGAGUGAGUCUGGUCGUCCACAUAGCCAGCUCCACAGGGAAAUCUGCAGUCCUUGAGUGUUUGCUUCAGUUUGAGAAAGAAGCCACUGAGACAAAAGAUCAGAUAAAAGACAGGGAAGCGAAAAUUCACUCCCACAUUAAGAAAUUCCAGCGGCUGUUUGUCACGUUUCUAAAUGAAGACAAAGAGAACCAGAACUGGAAGGAGGGGUCCACACUUGUGUCAGUUAUUGCCAGUCUGAGCUCCCACCUGCCCCCAGAGGGCCAGGAGUACCAGCAGGUUUAUGCAUGGGUCGUGAAGAUUGCAACAGAUCACACUAUAGAGGACAACUCCGCCUGCAAGCAGAUUCUGUCCACCCUGUUGAACCUUGCCAAGCAGACCAAGACUCUGCCGGCACUUUUGCGCAGUAUUUGCCAAGACAUACAUAGCCAGUUUGGAGAUACUGACCCGGAUUGUGAGGUGGAAAACAAAACCAACUUGUCAGUGACAAAAGCAACGCAUUGCCCAACAGCUGCAGUUCUGACAUUAGUGUUAAACCACAUCGAAAGUGAUCUGGAUGAUGUUGAGUGGGUUAUCUACCGGCACAAGGCAGACAUGAUAGCAGGGUCUGGGACAUCAGAAGGUAGCUGUUCUGUAGAAUAUUGUUUCAGUGCCACACAGACAGAGACCCUGGACAAGGCCAUGUGUACAAGGCUGGGUUUGUUGGUCAACAGUUUCAUUGAGUUGACACACUCGGCUGUCAAGACAAAACCUUGCUGCCAGGCUCUUCUCAAAUCACUGACCAAACUAUAUAACACCCUGACUUCCCUCACCAAACACUACAUCAGCUUGUACACCAACAAGACCGGACAUCUGGGCAGCCGGUUUGAGAAACUGGUUACAUUGGUUGGGAGACAGUUGACCCAGCCAACGUAUAGUUUCAUCAUCUAUGUCCAGACAGUAGAAGCAGAACAAGACGAGGGACAGAAAGAAAAGAAACGGAAGAAACCUGGAACAGCAGCAACAGCACAAGCUGGAAUGGCAAAUGCUAUGAAACAGAUGAAGACUAUCCCAAACCUGAUAUUUGCAAUUGAACAGUUGGAGAAAUUUUUGAUACAGCUAAGUAAAAAAUCAAAGGUGAAUCUCAUGGAAAAUAUGAAACUGUCCACAUCUCGAGAUUUCCGGAUCAACACCGAGACUGUCACAACAGUUGUGGAGCAAGCAGUCUCUUCAGACGAUGAGAGUCAGCAAAGUGAUGAUGAUGAUGAUAAUGAUAAAAACCAUGAAAAGGAAAGAGAGAAAACACCAAAUCAGAGCCUUAGUGACAGUGAUUCCGGUUCAGGAAGUGACGCAGAGAAUAAAAAACCUGCAAAAGAGCCACCAGCAAAAAAGAAGAAAGUGCUUUUGAAGAAAAGCAAUUAA